CAACCCUUGGAUUUCUUCCUGUGAACAGAGCAGCGGCGGGCGCCAGAGAGUCUCUGAUGGUAUAUCCAAACACAUCUCUGAUGAAUUUCGACCACAAUAUGCUCUAUUCUGCUCCAUAUCUUCUCACAUCAAACGCAAAUAUAUGCAAAUAAUAGAUAUAUCAUGAGUCCUAGAAACUUACGUGUUGUCAACUUGCCAGUUAACAUUGACAGGACCUGCUUGGUUUUUCAUCUUGUGGUAAUAUUAUGUCUCCUUAGGACUUCCAUAGCACGAACCAAGAACAUCACAACUGACCAAUCUGCACUUCGUGCCUUAAAAUCCCAUGUUACAUUUGAUCCAUCAGAUGUGUUGUCAAGAAGCUGGAUAAACCAAAUCCCAGUGUGCAACUGGACUGGAGUGAAAUGCUCGUCUCUCCACCAAAGAGUAGUGGCCUUGAACAUUUCUCAUCUGGGCCUUCAAGGUAACAUUCCUCCACAAGUCGCAAACCUCUCUUUUCUCAAUUCAAUCGACAUCAGUGGCAAUGAUUUCCAAGGCAACUUGCCUGAGGAGCUGGUACAUCUGCAGAGACUCAGUUAUAUCAAUUUCAGCUUCAACAAGUUCAGUGGAGGGGUUCCUUCAUGGCUUGGUUUUCUGCCUAAUCUUCAAUACUUAUAUUUGGCAAAUAACAGUUUCACAGGUAUUCUUCCAAGUUCCCUGUUCAACGCUUCCAAAUUGGAGGACAUGAGAAUUACUUACAAUCAAUUGGAAGGUAUUAUAGCUGAAGAAAUUGGUAAUCUUGGCAAUUUGAAGAUCUUAGAUUUGCAAAAUAACGAGCUUAUGGGGUCUAUACCCCGGAACCUUUUCAAUAUUUCGUCGUUGCAAGUAAUUUCUUUGAGCGACAACAGCUUAAGCGGUACUCUUCCCAUGAAUAUUUGCACUAAGCUUCCAAAGCUUCAAGGAAUUUAUCUACCACGCAACCUAUUAUCAGGCCAGAUUCAUUCACGAUUCAAGAAUUGCACGGAGCUUCAAAUUCUCUCACUGUCCAUCAAUAAUUUCAGUGGACAAAUACCAAGAGAGGUUGGAAACUUGACAAUGCUAAGCGUAUUGAGUUGUGGAUAUAACAUGUUUGAAGGCCCAGUUCCAGCAGAAAUUGGCAAUCUUCAGAAAUUACAGGCUUUGGACUUCACUACGAAUUUCUUAAGUGGUCCCAUUCCCAAAUCUUUAUUUAACAUGUCAACCUUGACAAGUAUCUCAUUUACUCUGAAUAACCUUUCAGGGAGUAUUCCACCUAAUAUAGGCCAACAGCUGCCGAACCUUGAAGAGUUAUUGCUUGGAGUUAAUAAACUAAGUGGAGUUAUUCUUGACUCGAUCUCAAAUCUUACAAAAUUAAGUCAGUUGGAACUCGGACAGAACCAAUUUACUGGUUCAAUUCCUACAUCACUUGGCAGUUUGAGGUUCCUUGAGUAUCUUAGUAUUCUUCAAAACCAUUUCACUUCUGAUUCUCCUUCAGAAUUCAGCUUUCUUACAUCUUUGACAAAUUGCAGGAAUUUAAGGGUUCUAAGCAUAUCAGAAAACCCCUUAAGUGGGGAACUUCCUCCUACCAUAGGCAAUUUUAGUAGCUCUUUUCAAAACUUUUAUGCAACAUUAUGUGGAAUUAAGGGCAAUAUUCCACAUGAAAUUGGUAACCUUAGCAGUCUGUUACUGUUGAAUCUUGAUAACAACAGCUUGACUGGACCACUUCCAGAUACACUCAAAGGGUUAUCAAAUCUUCAAGGAUUAGAUCUUCAAGAUAACAGAAUAUCAGGGUCCAUUCCGAACCAUCUGUGCACUUUGAGGCAUUUAGCUAUAGUACAGUUGAGCAGAAAUCAAUUCAGUGGUCAGGUGCCAGAUUGCUUUGGAAAUAUAACUUCUCUAAGAGAACUUUAUUUGCACUCCAACAGACUGAACUCCACAUUCCCAGCAAGCCUUGGAAGGCUGAAAGACUUGUUAUAUUUAGAGAUCAGCUCAAACUCUUUCAUUGGUGAUAUACCACCCGAAGUUGGGAAUCUGAAGGCUGCAUUAGCCAUUGCCUUGGCAGAGAACGAAUUUUCAGGUAACAUUCCAACAACACUAGGAGGUCUCCAGAACUUGAUCAGUCUCUCAUUGGCACAUAAUGAAUUACAAGGUCCUAUCCCAGAGACAUUCAGCAACCUGUUAAGUUUGCAAUUAUUAGAUCUAUCUAAUAACAACCUCACAGGCGAAAUACCUACAUCAUUGGAAUCGCUUUUGCAGUUAAAACAUUUCAAUGUGUCAUUCAAUGAGCUACAGGGAAGGAUUCCAUUAAAUGGUUCUUUCGCCAACUUCACAUAUGAAUCUUUUAUGUCAAACAAAGCAUUAUGUGGUGGUCCUCCUUCAUUGCACUUCCCUCCUUGCACCGUCCAUUCACGACGUGGAUCAAAGAAGAAAAGGUUGCGUCUAGUGGUAUACACUCUGAUACCAUCAGCAUUGAUGAUUAUCCUCAUCACCAUUUUGUUGGCUAUCUUGAAGAAGAGGAGCAAAAGGGCAAAUAUCUCUGGAGUGGAGUUAUUCCCCACGAUUAUGCAUGAAAGGGUAUCUUACCGUGAACUCCAGCAGGCAACUAAUGACUUCAGCGAAAGCAAUUUGAUUGCAAUGGGGGGUUAUGGUUCAGUUUACAAAGGGGUUCUGGAGGAUGGGGCACCAUUCGCAGUAAAGGUUUUCAAUUUGCAGUUAGAAGGAGGAUUCAAAAGUUUUGACACAGAAUGUGAAGUUCUUCGCAAUCUUCGGCACAGAAAUCUUGUUAAAGUCAUCAGUAGCUGCUCUAACCCAGAUUUCAAAGCUUUAAUCUUAGAGUAUAUGCCCAAUGGGAGCCUAGAGGAAUGGUUGUAUUCUCACGACUGUUUCUUAGAUUUCUUGCAAAGACUAGAUAUAAUGAUCGAUGUAGCUUCUGCAUUGGAUUAUCUGCAUCAUGGUUAUUCAUCUCCAGUUGUGCAUUGUGAUCUAAAGCCUAGCAAUGUUUUGCUAGAUGAGGAUAUGACAGGUCACCUGGGCGACUUUGGAAUUUCCAAGUUACUUGGUGGAGGUGAAAUUACAGCACAAACAAAGACACUCGCAACAAUUGGCUAUAUUGCACCAGAGUAUGGAUUUGAGGGUGUAGUAUCCACAAGGUGUGAUCUCUACAGCUUUGGUAUUCUUUUGAUGGAAACCUUUACAAGAAAGAGGCCAACUGAUGAAAUGUUUGGCGAAGAUUGCGGAUUGAAGGACUGGGUGAUGGAUGCGCUACAAAAUUCAGCAAACCAUUUCAUUGAUAGCAACCUAAUUACUGUGACGGACGAAAAUUCAAACAAAAAGGUUCAAUGUGCAUUAUCGGUCAUGGAAUUGGCCUUGAGGUGCAGUGCUGAAUCACCAGAGCAGCGCAUAGACGCAAGAGGUGCUUUAAAUGAACUCCGAAAAAUAAAAGUUGUCUUUCUUGCAGAUUGAAUUUAAGAACAAAUGGACACAAACAACAAUCACAAGUAAUCAGAUUUUUUGGGUGGGUGUAAUAUUUUCAUCUGGAUGCAUCCUUAGUGGUACAACUUGUCGAACCAUUAGGAAGUAGGCAAGUAGCAUACCCUCUUUGGUUCACACAUGCUUCUGUAAGUAUUAGAUUGCAGCAUGCUCGGACAAGCAAGUGUUCACACAGCACUAAAUUGCUGCCACCGUAUUGUUGCUAUGAGCAGGGUAUACGUAUCACAUGUUCUUUGCC